UGGGGCAUCAAAGAUGCUACAAUUUAAUUCUUUUUGUGUUGGUGUUUUGUUAUGAUUUUUAAUUUUUGUAAUCUGUUUGCAAUUUGUAAUGUCGUGGUCAAAAAAUUUGGUUAAAGAAAUUGUAAACUCCAAGAAACACAUUAUUUGCACGGAACUAGCCGUAGUCAUUGCGGACAAGUUCCCAAAGGCUCGCCAUCAUUAUCUAGUGUUGCCAUUGGCCGAUAUUCCCAGUAUAUUCGAAUUAAAUCGAAGUCAUUUGCCAUUGUUGGAGGAACUUUUUCUUUUAGCCCACAACGUUGUGGAGGUAAAAGGCGCUCGCUGGGAGGAUUUUAAAGUGGGAUUUCACGCGGAGCCUAGCAUGCAAAGGGUUCACUUGCAUGUCAUUUCAAAGGAUUUUGACUCGCCCUCUUUGAAGACCAAGAAACAUUGGAACAGCUUUAACACCGACCUCUUCGUUCCUUUCGAAAAACUUUUUGCCCAAGUGGAGAAGGACAAUUGUUUUACCCGCUUGCCAAAAAGCCUGAAAGAUGAGCUGUUAGCCAAGCCGCUGCUUUGUAACCAGUGCCGAUUUACACCUACAAAUUUACCAACACUUAAAGAACAUUUGGCGGAACAUUACCAAGAAAAAAAAGCCCAGAACUAGUAUGUAACACUGAACCAGUUCGAUAAAUUUUUUUUAGCAAUUGACAGGUCUUCCUUUGCAAUUCUUCAUUCCUAUUUGGAGCAAGAAAUGGGAAAAAACGAUUCACUAGAUUAUUUUCGCGACGAACUGUCGCGAAAAUUAAAGGAUAAGAAAAAUUUUAUUAUUGAAAGCGAUCGAGCGGUGGUAAUCAAGGCGGAUUUUCCGAAGGCCCAGUAUCACUUCCGAGUUGUGGCCAAAGACGAGCUAAGAGAUGCUACUAAGUUAAAUGCGGACCAUUUGCCUUUGCUGGAUCACUUAAUGGACCUGGCCCAUCAAAUUAUCGAGAAGCAGGACCAUUUGGAACCGCACCACUUUCGCAUUGGCUUUAAAGUUAAUACAUUCUGGAACCGCCUUAACUUACACGUCCUCUCAGAUGACUUCUACUCGGUGGCCAUGAAACGUGUUCGUCACUGGAAUAGUUUCAACUCUGAGCUAUUUAUGCCCUUUCAUGUGGCCCACAUGAUGCUAAGCUUGCAGGGCUCCAUUGACCCCAUUUCGGAUGAGAAGUGCAAAGAGCUGCAGAAUAAGUUACCAUUGCACUGCAACCAAUGCGAAUUUGAAACCAAUUUACUGCUGGAUCUCAAGUUUCACCUAUAUCAGCAUUGGCAGGCUAGAGAAAAGGACCGUGAACAAAAGAAAAGCCUCGACAAGAUUUUAAGCAUGUUGGAGACUUCCAGCAUUAGUGAUGCCGCAUCUGGUAAUACUUCUGAAAUGGGAAAAGAAUUGGUGGAAAGCCCAGAUAGACCGUUACCAACGCCACUACGAUGCCAAGCCAAGGAGCAGGCAGCUACUGGCUAUGCUGAAUAUGUUGCCGGGCCCCCGGUAAACAUGAUGAACAUUCAAAAUCCCAACAACCCUUUCCGGAACACUCCACCGUUGAACAUCAAACCAUUGGAUCCGCCACCACAUAAUCAUUCAAGAAACCACAUGACUCAUGGUCCUAGGGGGUCCGGCUUUGUUCCACGCAUGAAUAUGGCACGUGGACCUCGGCCCUUCAAAGCCUCUCGGGGUCCUCCAAAUCAGGAACGUAACAUGCAACCGAGAUUCAGAGCACCAAUGUACCAGCAGGGUCAUCAGCCAAGGGGUCCCAACACCUUCCGGCCGCCACCACCAAUAAACCAGCCGGACUAUCAUCUAUUUAGUGGUGGACCUGUUCCAAUGUUUGGGUCUCCACGGGGUCCCAACUCCCAACACACACCUACUCAAGCAGGUGCGGUUAUCCAAGCUGCUUCUACUGGUCAACAUCACGGGGCUAGACCAAAAUGGACUCCAAAUAGAGGAAAUAAUACGAAUUCAAAUCAGGGCAAUCCAAGUCAGCAAAACCUUCAGAAUUCGAAUCGACCAACACGUCCAUACAAAAAUAAUAAUAACAACAAUAAGAACUCAAAUCAACAGCAUCGCCAACAUCCUAAUCAACAAUCGAACCAACAAAACCGUCAAAUGCAGAACUCUAAUAACAAUCAACCUAUCCAGUUUCAAGGAGCCUCUGGAGCUCAGGGUCAAACAACUUCAAGUCAAUCGAAUCAAACCAAAAGUGGCUAAAAAGUUGAAUAUUCUAUUUUAAUAUUGCAUUUAAAUAUAAAAUAUUUUUCUCAAGCUCUCUGAGCUAAACUUCCUACAACUUGAAACAAUUUGGAUAA